AUUGCGACUACGUUAUGGUUGAGGGGGGAAGAGUGUACGAGCAAGUGAGCUUGACAGUUGCCAGAGAGCUUAGAAAUUUUCAUCAGAACGGACAUCAAAUAAAAUAUUUACAAUAAUUAAUAGAAAAUAAAAGGAAAAAACUUAAAACUUGACGAUUUUUUUAAUGUUCAGAGUUUUUGGACAUAUUCGGCAAGCCUCCCCCACCAAAAUCACAAAGGAAAGAUAACCGUUAGUUGGUGGUAAAACAUAACCUUAGAUUGACUAUAACUGCAUUUAAUAAAAAGCCGAAAUUUGGAAAAUAUAUUAUGAAUGUCGCCUAAAUAUCAUCAUUUCGAAUUUGCACUUAUCUAUUUCCUGCUAUUGAUACCAUGGCCAACAACAAAUGUAAUCAAGAUUCUCUGCUCGCGAGAUAACAGUCGAUUGGUAAGGAAAAUAGUCCGCUCCAAAUGGACGCCGAUCCUGGACAAACAUCAGGUCAAGUUACCUAUGGAAUGUCCUUUGCAUCCGUUUCGAGAUAUCUUUGCUCCUCGUCAGGACUCCAAGCAGCGGGAUCGUCCAACUCAGUGGACAUGUCGACGUUGUGGUAAAAGCUUUUAUCAGGAGAAAUAUCUUGAUCUACAUUUUGAUAUAAGACAUGAAACACUUAUUAAUGAGGUGGAGGACUCCAUUUGUCUCUCGGACUUUUGUGACAUAAUGCGCUGUGAUGUAUUCCAAACAGAGGAUGCCACAAGUUUGAAAUUUGGGGAUCAACAUAUUGUCACGGACAUUGAAGUUUGGGGUGAAUUUGGUGGUCAGAAUUCCGCAUUGGCCAAAGCGAAUGCCGCAUAUUUGAGUUUAAUACCAAGAACUUCCACAUUGGGUACCACAACACGUGCCGCCAAAGUACAAAACCGUCAAUUACUCCAAGAUAAGCCAAGCCAAACGAUCAAUGAUCAGUCGCCAGCCGGAGGGCCGACUGUAGGUGGACCCAGUGAGGUAACAGCCAGUGCCGAUGAUGGCUCAGCGUCUAGGCCCAAGUCAGCUGGAGAGAAGCUAUUGAGGAAGCUGAAAGAACUGGGGCAGGCACACCUGAGACGUGGUGAUAAUGAAAACGAAGCAAAAGGCGAUCCAGCCAAAACCAAUGGAUUGCCCAACGCAAGCGGAGAGGAGGCCGAGGAGGAGAAGGACGAAGAGCAUAGUGGCAAUGAGGAGAACGGCAGUGGUCAGGAGCAGCAGCAAGAUGCGAGUAAAACAGAAGACGGAAACGCAUCGGCCAGGGCUCGAGCCAACUGCAAGCCUGAAGAGCUAAACAAACUGAAAAUAAGUUGUGAGCAUUUGCUGCGAAGCUGCAUAGGCGGUUUACUCCUGUCCAUGUCAGAUCAGGCCUUCAAGGAGAUGGAGGAGGAGAUGAACAAGGCUGUGUGCUGGUAUCUAACCUGUGACCGGUAUUGGGAGGAUGGACCAUUAGAACCACGUGCCUUUCCCUGGGGCCUCAUAGUCAUACUCAUUUUUGUACUCUCGACGGGUAUUUGUUUCUGUUAUUACAUCAUUUGGAUACUUUUUGAUUCCGAAGAAACGACAAUCAACACAACCCACUACGGCGGAGGGCUCGGCAUCAACAACACCAGCAGCAGCAUCUACAUGCCCGGUGCCCAUCAUCAUCACUAUCAACAUGUAGACUACGUCACCCAUCGCGAUCUACAGCCCCUGGACGACGUCGGCGGGAUACCUGGUCUGACUGUGGAACAGCAACAGCAACUGCAGCGGGAACGAGAACGAGAGCGGGAGCGGGAGCAGCAGGCGUAUUACUACCGGGAUCAAGCGUCGGCACGAGAUUUGUACCCCGAAUCAGUUCAAUACCAUCAUCAUCUUCGGCACAGUCCGCGGCACUACAUCACCAGCGGCGAUCAGCGUCAAGCGGGGGUGUCGGUUCAGGGUACGGGAACACCCACAGCUUCGGGGGGCGUCCGUCAAGUGCAGGCCACCAGCAGUUCGUCCAACGCCAACACGCCACUGCAUCAUCAUCAUCCCCAGCACCGGCAUUCGACGAGCCUGGCCUACCCACAGGACAUUUUAGACCGACGCGACUAUACAAGUAGCUCUGGCUAUGUGGCUAGCACCAGUGCUGCUGGUGAUGCACCGCGUCAUUACAACACUCAUCCCCGACCGCUAGACACUCGGCACCGUCAUGUCGGCUCUUCGCAGCAAUCGCUGCGUGCCUCGUCCUCCACCCAUGAGAUUGUCCAAGGUGAGAUGGUCAGCGGUGCCGGUGGUCUGAGCCAGAAUGAACAUUACAUUUAUGUCACUUAUCCGCCGGAUCUAAAUAAACGCUACUUUGACAAGUACGAAUAAUGCGA